UUGAAAGUACAUGUUAAAUGCAUUGUAAGCUACAGAACAAAUGUCGAGUUGCUGCUUUGGACUGGUGUCAAUUCCGAUGGGCAUUUAAAGACGGAUCUUGUUACCUGCAAGGUAGCGGCCAACAAUGUCGAGCUGACACUAGCUGCAGCGGAUAAGGCCAUUGCUAAUUAUCUUCCCGUCAUUAUGCAUUUUGUGAAGGAAAGGAUAGAACAAGCAAUCUGUCCCUCGUUUCACGCAGAACUCGUACCUGUUGUAUCAAAUCGUCUAAUGAAUACUCCAAUGAGUGCCUCAUUAUUUGAGCACUUUUUCGUCAACUAUGGGCUUUUGAGUCCUGUGGAGUACUCGGAUACUAAGGUGACUAUGAGACAUCGAGGAAAUGCGUUCGGCAUACUUCGUCAAGGCCGAACCCGUCUUAACGACUUUCGUCUACCAUUCCGAGCUCCGCCACUCAUUGAAGGAGUAUCAAGUGACAAAAUGGUUGACUUUGUCCUAUCUAACUACACAAUGACAACUCUCGGACAACGAUUCCCCGGUGGUGAAGUCAUCAUUAAAUCACAUACAAUUUCAUAUCCUCGAAUAACUCUAAAUGAAGGCAAUGCAACAAUAUACAUUGAUUCACGUGUCGACGCUUUUGUACAGGUAGCUUCACUAGUCGAUGGCAUUGAUGAGGGCUCAUUGGAAUUUCUGGUUAACGCUCUCACUGAACUGAUAUUGAACGAGGAUAUGGCGAAGAAGUUGAAAGGAGGCAUCCAUUUACCUAUAAUAUUCGACUUCGAACAAUCCUCAUCCGAAGUCGUAUUUGAAAAGGAUCGUCUUCGUAUCUCAGCAGAUUACUGUUACGGUGACAUAUGUCGGACUACUGUAGCAGAAAAUAAGGAUAACACGAUAGAUUACUAUGACGUUGUACAAGGAUAA